CGUCAUUUUGACAAAAGUUAAAAUCCCAAUUUUUUAACAAAUUACAGUAGAAUUAACCAGUUUUCAAAAUUAUUACUAAAAAAACGACAUAUUUUCAAAUUCCACAGAAAAUUUGAGGUUAUAAAUAUUUUUAGCACAAUGCCCGCUGUACCCGGUGGAGUUUAUCAACAGGGCCCCUCAUGUUUCGAUAGAAUGAAAAUGGGCUUCAUGUUGGGAUGCUGUGUGGGUAUGGCAAGUGGAGCAAUAUUUGGCGGAUUUUCUGCCUUAAGGGGCGGUUUACGAGGAAGGGAACUUGUCAAUACAGUGGGAAAGGUUAUGUUACAAGGAGGUGGAUCGUUUGGAACCUUUCUAGCAAUCGGAUCUGGUUUGCGAUGCUAAACAUACCUGCAUUUUUAAUUAGGGAGGUGUAAAUUUUUUACUUAAGAUAAAUUUAGUUACUAUUUGUAAACUGUAGGAAUGUAGAACGUUAGUAAAUAAAGAUUUCGUACCUUG